AUGAAGCCAGCAAAACAGUUGAGUAUGUUUGUCAAUAGGAACUUCCUGAGAGCCAAAGAUCCGAAGCUGUUGCAUAGAAAAAUGGAUGUGGGGAUCUCAUUUGAUUCUCCCAACACUACUUUUCAAUUAACCCUUCGUCAUCUCUGGGCUCUGAAGUUUGCCUUCAAAGAUUACUUCAAGAGUCUCCUCAGUUAUAAGGAGGACAAUGAUGGGCACUGGAAAUGGUUGGCAUGGAAUAUGGCUUCUGGAGGUGCAGCUGGUGCAAAAUCCUCUCUUUUAUUGUAUUCCUUAGGCUAUGCCAGAACCUGGUUGGCUAAUGAUACCAAGUCUGCCAACAAAGGAGGAGAGCCGAAAUAUGAUGGCCUUAUUGAUGUGUACAAAAGGAUUUUACGAACAGAUGGUAUUGCUGGCCUGUACCGUGGAUAUUUAUUUCUUCUUAAUAUUACUGGUUUAAGAGGAAGUAGUGCCAACAGGCAGAGCAAUGUUUCUGAUGAUGAGUUUAUCAACACAAGAGGGCUAGUUUUUACUGAGUGUAGAUGGCCAAUGACAAAAUCCUCACUUAUUGAAAACAGUUUAACCUCUAUUGAUCCAUAA